UGAUGACGUCGUCGUUGUCUCACGUCCGAGUCUCACCAAAAGUCUUCUCCGGGUACCAGUUCGUCCGCGGUCUCCCGGCUGGACGAGGAGGUCGUCCUUUCCGCAUCACCCAUCGUGUGGUCGGCGUUUUUUUUUUUCGGUUUCUUCCCUCGCGCAGUGAAACACAAAUUCAGCCAAGAUUGCAUCCUGGAUACGCGGAAGGAUUGAGGCGGAAGGAGGCUGCUGCUGUCAGCCAUGGGGACGGCAAAGAUGAAACAUCUUUGGCCGUUGCUGACGUGGAUACUUCUAGCUUCGUAUCCGGUCGAAUCUCGCAAAGGACUCGGCCAUGGAUCGAGGCGAGAAGUAUUCUUCCUGAACCUCGAGGACGGCUACUUUGGCUGCCAAGUCAACGAGUCGACGGACAUCCUUCAGCUGCUCGAGCUCUCGAAGCUCUGUGACCAUCGCGCCGACUGCUACCAGGGCGUGGACGAGCAGCGCAACAGGUUAAAGUGCACAGACGAUUGUACAAAAGAAGACGGCACCAAAUGUCAAAACGGUGUCUGUCUGGAUUCGGUCUGUCACUGUAACGAUGGGUUUGGAGGAUGUAAUUGUCAAGUUCCAGACGAGAACGAGUGUAAAUAUCGGCCCUGUGAUAUAUUUGCCCACUGUACAAAUACUCUUGGCAGCUUUCAAUGUUCCUGCUUUCCCGGAUACCGAGGCGAUGGCUUUCAUUGCGAGGAUAUCAACGAAUGCGACGAUCCAGCGAUUGCCGGGCGUUGCGUCGAGAAUGCCGAAUGUUGCAAUCUACCCUCAAACUUCCUGUGCAAGUGCAAAUCCGGCUAUAUCGGCAACGGUGAGGUGCGCUGCGAGGACGUGAACGAGUGCGCGAUACCAGGUGCGUGCGGCGACAAUACCGUGUGUCACAACACACUCGGCAAUUAUACCUGCACGUGUCAAGACGGAUUCACGGGAGACCCGUUCAACAGUUGUAUCGAUAUUGACGAAUGCAAAUAUGAGGGUGCUUGCGGAAGGGGUGCGUUAUGCGUGAAUGUACCAGGCGCGCAUAAGUGCGAAUGCCCUGACGGAUACGACGGAAGCCCCGAAGAGGAGUGCAGAGAUGUCGACGAAUGCCUGAGGAGUCCUUGCGGACGUUCCGCUCUCUGCACGAAUGUAUAUGGUAGUUUCCGGUGUUCUUGUCCCGAUGGAAUGGACGGUGAUCCGAUGACAGGUUGCCACGACAUCAACGAGUGCACUGCUUUGGAGAAUCCUUGCGGUAAAAAUGCGAUCUGCAAGAACGAGGAGCCUGGUUACAACUGCCUCUGUCCGCCGGGGUACAGUGCUAGCUCCGGCCCGGCAGUCGCAUGCGAUCAGACGGACGUGACGACUCUCUGCAAAUCGAAUUUCGAUUGCGUCAACAAUGCUGAGUGCAUCGAGGGACAGUGCUUCUGCAAGGAUGGCUUCAAGGCCGUCGGUGCUGAAUGCGCGGAUCUGGACGAAUGCCUUACUAAUCCUUGUGGGCCAGCGUCGAUCUGCACGAACACUAGAGGAAGCUAUCAUUGCGAGUGCGAGUCUGGAUUUGUUGGCACUCCACCCCAUAUACCGUGUAAAGCACCAUGCGAUGAAGUAACUUGCGGCGAACAUGCCUUCUGCAAGGCCGAUGGUCACGAAGCUUAUUGCAUUUGCGAAGAUGGCUGGACCUUCAAUCCGAACGAUAUAGCGGCUGGAUGUGUCGAUAUAAACGAAUGCGAUGCGAUAAAUGGACCUUCUGGAAGAUGUGGCAGAAAUGCCAUUUGUACGAAUACACCUGGUGGUUUUAGUUGCCAAUGUAAACUCGGAUACUCAGGAAAUGCCUUCAAGCAAUGUAUAGAUAUUGACGAAUGUAUCAAAUCCGACGUUUGCGGGCAUGGAGCAACAUGUACCAAUACUGAAGGCUCUUACGCUUGCACUUGUCCGGAAGAAACCAUACCGGAUCCCGAUCCUUACAUUAAGUGUGUUGGCAUAGUCAGAUGCGAAGUUGACGACGAUUGCCCAGGAAACGCUAUUUGUGAUCCACAAAAGAGAUGCUUGUGUCCCGAGCCCAAUGUCGGAAAUGAUUGCAGACAUCCGUGUGAAGACCUGUCUUGCGGACCGAAUGCGCGCUGCAUGCUCUUGAACGACGUGGCGACGUGCCUGUGUAGCAACGGCUACAGCGGAAAGCCUGGUGUAAAGGACGGUUGCCGAGACAUCGACGAGUGCGCGAUAAACCCGUGCCCUCCGGGCGCAAUCUGCAACAACGAGCCUGGUUCCUUCUCGUGUCAGUGUCCGAACGGCAUGAGGGGCGAUCCUUACAGCGGCGGUUGCCAGGAAUCUAAAACACCUCACGUGUGCGGUCCUAGUGCGCCCUGCCCCGCUGGGGAACAGUGCAUCAAGGAUGAAUUCGUAGGCAGCAGCGUGUGCAUCUGUCAACGCGGUUACACGCGCGACUAUGAAACCGGUAAAUGCAGGGACAUUAACGAGUGCAUGGAGCUCAGAGAAAAGCCCGCCUGCGGUGUCAACGCAAUUUGUAAGAAUCUCCCUGGCAGCUACGAGUGCCAGUGUCCGUCAGGCUUUAAUGGAAACCCCUUCUCGCUUUGCGAAGAAUGCAACAGCAUAGAAUGUCAAUGUCAACCGCCAUACAAGAUUGUCAAUGGUAAAUGCAUGCUGGCCGGAUGCUCGAAGGGCGAAAAGUGCCCUAGUGGUGCCGAGUGCAUAACGAUUGCCGGUGGUGUCAGUUAUUGCGCCUGUCCUAAAGGAUACACGACCAAGUCUGAUGGCUCCUGCGAAGAUAUAAAUGAGUGCAUUGUGGGUCACCAAGUCUGCGGUUACGGUGCCGAGUGCAUCAACCUACCAGGUUCUCAUCAGUGCGUGUGCCCGCACGGAUACGGCGGCGAUCCGUACAACGGGCUCUGCUCCCCGGCGCAGAAGAGAUGUACCAACGACAACGAAUGUAAGGCCAACGAGAAGUGCGUACAGCCCGGAGAGUGUGUAUGCCCACCGCCGUUCUACACGGAUCCUUUAGAAGGAAAUCUUUGCAAGAAUCCUUGUGAUCGUUUCCCGUGCGGUAUCAAUGCGAAGUGCACACCGAGCGAUCCGCCGCGAUGCAUGUGCGAGGCUGGCUUCGAGGGUGAUCCACAGCAUGGGUGUAUCGACGUGAACGAAUGUGCGAAUAAUCCUUGCGGACACGGCGCAUAUUGCAUUAACACGAAGGGAGAUCACACGUGCGAGUGUCCCAAAGGUAUGAUUGGUGAUCCUUACGGUAUUGGCUGUACUGGGGUCGCGACCGGCAAGAGUGAGUGCUCGUCAAACGACGAUUGCGAGAAUUACUUAGCAUGCGUCCAAGGAAGUUGCGUCAACCCCUGCGACAACGUACCCUGCGGUCCUAACGCAUACUGCGAGCCCGAUAAACAUGCGGCAUGGUGCAGAUGCGUGAUCGGAUUCACGGAAGGCAAGAAUAACGAAUGUGUCUCACAAUGCGAUGGUUUUGUUUGCGGCACCGGAGCUCAAUGUAUCGUUAGCUACGACGGGCCGACUUGUAAGUGCAUCGAAGGUUUCAUGGGCAAUCCCUUCCCCGGUGGACAGUGCGUUCCGGAUGUUUGCUCUCCUGAAAUUCCAUGCGCCGACCCCAGCGUAUGCAUCAGCGGACGUUGCAAACGGCGUUGCGAAGGAGUGAUUUGCGGCAUUGGAGCCAUGUGCGAUCCUUUAACGAAUAAAUGCGUAUGCAACCCUUACUUUGUCGGCAAUCCUGAUCUGCUCUGUAUGCCACCCGUUCAACCACCACAUUGCGAUCCAUUCUGCGGGAGAAAUGCGCACUGCGAGUACGGUCUUCAAGAAUCGAAAUGUGUCUGUAAUCCGGGUACCAGCGGGAAUCCUUAUCAUGGCUGCGGCGUUCAAGAAAAGUCCGAUUGUUCUACUGCGGUGUGCGGAAAAGAUGCGCAUUGCAACGCGGGUCCGAACGCCGUCGAGUGUCUCUGUCCAUCUGGCUUCGCUGGCAAUCCAUACAUUCAAUGUUUCGACAUCAAUGAGUGCAACGGAAAUGCAUGCGGCAGCAACGCGGUGUGCAUCAAUACCCUCGGGAGCUACGACUGUCGAUGCAAGGACGGCUUCUUCGGCAAUCCGUUUGUCGGAUGUCAGCAAGUACAAGUGGGACCAUGCGCCGAUCCUUCGACCUGCGUUUGCAGCAACACUGUACCAUGUCCCUUCGAUUACACCUGCGUCAAUCACAAGUGCAUAAAUCAAUGCAGCGACAUAAAAUGUGGCCCUAGAUCCGUCUGUCAGAAUGGAGUGUGUAUAUGUCCGCCCGGUUACAGCGGCAAUCCCAACGACCUGCACAAAGGUUGCCACUUGCACCAUCAUUGCUCGAACGACCUCGAAUGCGAGCCGCAGGAGAUUUGUUUCCAGAUCGGCAAAGGCGUCCGCAAGUGCGUGGACGCGUGCAGCAAACUGCAAUGCGGACCUAACGCGCUGUGCGUCACGCAGAAUCACGUAUCCUCAUGUUUGUGCAUUGACGGUUACCAGGGCAAUCCGAGCAAUCUGGUCGAGGGUUGCCAGCCGUCCAAGUCCGUGAUACCCGGAUGUGCACACGACUCGGAUUGUCCGCCGGGUUCCUUCUGCAUCAUCCUGGACGGCGGGGUGCGCGACUGCGUGAAUCCCUGCAGCAAGGUGGUGUGUGGCGCCUAUCAGAAGUGCGAGCCCGACGUCGUACCCGGUCACGCCACUUGCAAAUGUCAGGACGGCUACGAGUGGAAUCCGGUAUUAUCGUCCUGCGAGAAACCAUCAGUGCCCGACUGCAUAAGCGACGACGACUGCCACUCGAGCGAGGGCUGCAGACCGGACGCGCUCGGCGUGUUGAAGUGCAUGUCGCUUUGCGACGGUUUCACCUGCACCGCGAAUUCCCGCUGCGUGACGGAGAACCAUCACGGGAGUUGCGAGUGUCUACCGGGUUACACCGGCAAUCCGAAUGAUCGUCGAGGCUGCCACAGUCCGCGGGAGAACCGUUGCUCCACCGACAGCGAGUGCGCGGAGGAUCAGACGUGUCGCGGUACUCCGGAUGGUCCACUCGCUUGUCAAUUGGUCUGCGACUUCGUCACAUGCGGUCCCAACGCGCUCUGCGUCGUCAAUAAUCAUGUGGCGAAUUGCGAGUGUCCGCCCGGGCAAUACGCCGGCGAUCCGAACGACGCGACGUCCGGAUGCCGUGCGGUGCCCUGCGUCUACAACAUCGAUUGCCCGCCGGCCCAGCUCUGCAACCGACUCACGCACACCUGCUACGACGCCUGCGACGAGAACGCGUGCGGCGUGAACGCGGUUUGCAUCGCGGACGAUCACAAGGCGAUCUGUCAGUGCCCGCCUGGGCUACGCCCGAACCCGGUGCCCGACGUCGAGUGCGUCGCCGUGGAGGCAUGCCAUCCGGACUCCUGCCAUCCUACGGCGCUCUGCGUCGUCGGUCCAACGAAUAAUCCAGUAUGCAAGUGCCCGCCGAAUCACGUGGGUGAUCCUUACGUGAACGGCUGCCAGCCGGAGGGACAUUGCUCCGGUCCCAAGGAUUGUCCGGUGCAUUCCGUUUGCCACGAGCACCGCUGCGUCAAUCCGUGCGAGAACGCCUGUGGUCCCAAUGCGCUCUGUGAAAUCGUCAACGGUCAACCGAGCUGCAGGUGCAUCCAGAAAUUCGUGCCGUCUUCGAGAGGUCCGGAACACGGCUGUGUACGCGGUACUAAUUACUGCGCGGUGGACGCCGACUGCUUGGGCAGCGUCUGUCUCGAUGGACAAUGCAGAGCUGUAUGUCGUUCAGUCGCUGAUUGCUCGGAUGGAGAGAAAUGUAUUAAUAACAAGUGUAUGGUAUCAUGCAUUGGGCAUUCUCAAUGCCUAGUGGAUCAGGCGAAUAAAUUCGUGUUUUUAGAUCCUUGCAGUAGAAAAGACGUGUGUGGACCAAACGCGAUCUGCAGUUGCUCGAAUCAUGCGGUCGCGUGCACGUGUCCUCUCGGUUUUCACGGUAAUCCUACCCCGGAGCAAGGCUGUGUCCGAGUGCCAAACGUGUGUCAAAUUUCGCAAGAUUGUCCCAGCCAGCAUCUGUGCGUCUCGGGAUUAUGCCAAUGCCAGUGCUCGGAACAGAACAAUUGCGCGCAGGGCGAGCGUUGCAAGAACGGUAUUUGCGUGAAGAUAUGUUACGGCGAUAGUAAUUGUCUGCCCGGCGAAUUGUGUAUUGAUGGCGGGUGCGAGGCAGGCUGCACUUCGGAUGUUGGCUGCAAACGCGACGAAGUGUGCAUUAACAGCAAGUGCAGAUGUAGCCACGGAUUUAUUGCCGGUCCUGAACAUUGCCUGGAUAUCAACGAGUGCGAAGAUCAACCGUGUCAUCCGAGUGCCGAGUGCAUUAAUCUCCAUGGAUCUUACCGUUGCACGUGUCCUUCAGGUACCGCGGGCGAUCCUCUAGGAUCAGGUUGCGUGUUGCCGCAUCAGUGCACCACGCACAGGGACUGUUUUGAUACGCAGGCCUGCGUUCAACACAACUGUUCGGAUCCGUGCUCUUUAAUUGACUGCGGCUUAAAUACUAUUUGCACUGUUCUGGAUCACGCAGCUGGUUGCCAAUGCCAACCUGGUUACAUCGGCGAUGCCUCAGGGUGCUUCAAAGUAGAGUGUCUUUCUAACAGCGACUGCCCAACGGAUAAAUAUUGCAACCAGGAGACCAACAAAUGCAGCAGUCCUUGCAAUCAAGUAAACUGCGGAUAUGGUAAUUGCGCAGCCGUCGAUCAUGUCAGCGUAUGUAAAUGUUAUCCUGGCUUCGUCCUCGUCGGCGAUAUCUGUGCUGAUGUUAAUGAAUGUUUGCAAAAUCCUUGCCAUCCCUCAGCUAUAUGUCAAAACGCGGAAGGAUCGUUCGCCUGUGUUUGCCCACAUGGUUUAGUAGGAGAUCCAUUCAAAACUGGUUGCAAGCAACCCGGUGAUUGCUUCACAGAUUCAGAUUGUCCAAAUUCAGCCGCCUGCAUCGACAACAGAUGUACUAAUCCGUGUGACGCACCGGGAAUUUGCGGUAGAAAUGCAGAAUGUCUCGCACGUGAUCACGUUCCGAUCUGUAGGUGUCCCGGACAAACUACGGGAAAUGCGGCAACGGAAUGUAUUCAUCUGGAGUGCAAUUAUCACAGCGACUGCAGUCCAUCAGAUGCGUGCUUCGAUCACAAGUGCGUCGAUCCUUGCUCUCUUUCGAACGUUUGCGGACAUGGUGCUGACUGUUCGUCGCUCAAUCACAGCGCGGUAUGCACCUGUCAACCGGGUGGCACAGGUGAUCCGAAUCUUGGGUGCACUCCGCUUCAAUAUUGCAAGAGUGAUUCACAAUGUGCAACCGGUUCAGUGUGCAACGGAGGAAUAUGCACAGCACUCUGUGGAAGUACAAGAGAUUGCAUCGGCGAUCAACUCUGUAUCAAUGGUCUUUGUCAGCCCACCUGCAGAAGUAAUUCUAGCUGCCCGGAAUAUCAAUACUGCCAUAAUAACAUAUGUGUUCAAGAAUUACGUUGUACGUCAGACAACGACUGCUCGUACGACGAAAAAUGCAUUAAGAAUAAUAUUGGACAGGCGGAGUGUCGCAGAGCUUGCGACGUGAUACUCUGCGGCCGUAACGCCGAAUGCAAAGCUGAUAAUCACGCUGCGACGUGUUCUUGUAACCAUGGCUUCUUCGGAAACGCUAAAGAUGACAAGAUUGGCUGUCAACCUAUCGAAUGUGAGGUCAACAAUGACUGUACACAGGAAAAGAUCUGCGAUUAUCACAGAUGUAGAAUCGCUUGUCUCGCGCACAAUCCUUGCGGCGUGAACGCCAUUUGCACAACGGAGAACCAUGUCCAAGUUUGCACCUGCCAACCCGGAUACACGGGAGAACCCACGCGUGCUUGCAAGCUGAUAGAUUACUGCGCGAACGCACCCUGCGCACCGGGCGCAUUGUGCGAAAACACACGAGGGCAUUUCAAGUGUCAUUGUCAACCCGGCACGGUCGGAGAUCCUUAUAAUAGCGGUUGUCAACCGCCAGUAGAAUGCCUGCAGGAUGCGGAUUGUCCGCUAACUGCCAAAUGUGUUAACAUCAACAACGUACCAAAAUGUUUCGAUACUUGCGCACGUAUCCGGUGUGGUCCAAACGCAGACUGUGUUGCGAGCAAUCAUGCCGCGAGCUGUCAGUGUCGUGCCGAUUACGAAGGCGAUCCUAAUAAUCUGAGUGUGGGAUGUCGUCCGAGACCAGUGGUCUGCUCGUCACAAGCCGACUGUUCGGUCAAUACUUAUUGUUACGAAGGCAUUUGUCGACCAUCUUGUCAAUCGGAGGAGGAAUGCAACUUGUCCGACGUUUGCUUGAACGGGCAAUGCUUAGAUCCAUGCGAUGUAAGAGGAGCUUGCGGCAUAAACGCCGAAUGCAAAGUCAGAAGUCACAUUAAACAGUGUAGCUGUCCACCAGGCUUCACCGGCAACUCCGAAGUAGAAUGUGUUAGACUGCCAGUGUCUUGUCUCGGAAGCGGGGACUGCAUCGGAGGCAACACCUGUCGUGAGAACGUUUGCUUGCCGAUUUGCACCGUCGACAACGAUUGCGCAUUGAAUGAGAAGUGCAUUCGCGGCAAUUGCUUGCUGACUUGCCGGCUGGACAACGACUGCUUCCUGGGUCAUAUUUGUUUGAACAACAUGUGCUCGUUCGGUUGUCGUGCCGACGAGGAUUGCAACGCGAAUGAGGCUUGCUUAGGGAACAAGUGCGUGAACCCGUGCGAGGCUACGCCGUGCGGACCGAACGCCAAGUGCACUGUCUUCAACCAGCGUGCCACGUGUUCGUGCUCUACCGGUUUUAUACCAAAUCCGACGGCCAAGGUCGCGUGUCUGAGAACGCCGGGUUCGGUCUGUCAGGCCAAUCGGGACUGCGCCGUGGGCACGGCUUGCAUCGCUGGCGUUUGCACACCCGUCUGCUCGUCCAACGCGAAUUGUUUGAGCAACGAGAGAUGCGACAGCUCCGGCAUUUGCAAGUCACUUUGCAGACGGGACGAGGAUUGCAGAAGUGGUGAGAUUUGCGAGGGGCUGGUGUGCGUUUCCGGUUGCCGGGCGGACAUUGAAUGCCAGGAUAGUUACGCGUGUAUAAACAACCAGUGUUUAGAUCCGUGCUCGUUGACCGGUGCCUGCGGUGUAAACGCCAAGUGUACAACCGUCAAUCACCAAAAAAUAUGCACGUGUCCAUCACCUUUGGUGGGAGAUGCUCGUAUUGGAUGCAAGCAGACAUUCCUCCCCUGCUCAUCUGAACUCGAAUGUUUACCGGGACAAACGUGUUACGGCAGAUCGUGCUAUUCCACGUGCAGAAGCGAUGCAAAUUGCUUGAGCGACGAACGGUGCGACGGCGGCAUUUGUAAAGCGAUAUGCAACAGCGAUGACCAUUGCGUCGCGAAUCAAAUAUGCCGCAAUCGCAUGUGUGACAUUGGGUGCCGCAGUGAUAACACGUGUCCGGGCGACGAAUCUUGUAUCAACAAUCAAUGCAGAAGUCCAUGCGACGGUGGCAAGGCGUGCGGAGAAUGCGCUGGCUGUCGCGUAGUCAAUCACGUGGCUCAAUGUAGUUGUCCCGCAAAUUAUUACGGUAACGCAUUAAUCAAUUGCGCCAAGACCAUGAUUCCCUGCGACGGCUCGUGCGAGUGCGACGAAAUCGGUUUCUGCACCACUAGCUGCCACCAUCAGAACGAUUGUUCUUGCGGCGAGGUCUGUCAUAGUGGCAAGUGUCGCAUCAAGUGCGAUAUCAACAACGCAUGUCCAAAGGGCUACGUAUGUGAUGGAGGUUUGUGCCUCGUCGGCUGUCGCACCCAUUCUGACUGCCCGUCAUCCUUGUCGUGCACAAAUGGCCAGUGCGAGAAUCCAUGUUCCGCCCAUGGAUCGCCUUGCGGAAUAAAUGCACUCUGCCGCGUCUCGAGUCAUCGUGCGGUGUGCUUAUGUCCAGAGGGCUACCAGGGUGAGCCGAGUCAAGAGUGCUACCAGCUGGAGUGCCAUCAUGACGACGAUUGCGAGUUGAACAAACAUUGCAGCGAAUACGGGGUUUGCACAAAUCCAUGUUUGCAGCACGGCGUCUGUGGCUUCAAUGCGCAGUGCCGCGUGAUCAACAGGAAAGCACAGUGCUCUUGCCCGCCGGGACAUUUUGGCAAUCCAAAGAUCAACUGCAAGAAAGGCGGUGACGAAUGUCUGCGAAGACCUUGCGGCGUUAACGCUAAAUGCCGAGAAACUCUGAAUGGUUUCGAAUGCACGUGCGAUCCGGGAUGUCACGGCGACCCGCAUCAGGUGUGCCUCUGCGAUGGUGAUCUUUGCAAGGACACUCGUUGCGGCAUCAAUGCAGCCUGUCGAAUUUACAAGAAUCAGCCGCAGUGUUAUUGCCCACCGAAUAAUCCAUCGGGCGAUCCAAUGCACGCAUGUAGUUCAGAUAGAGAUUUAGGAGACUGUCGAACAAAUGGAUGCGGAAAGAACGCCGAGUGCAUUAGGGAUGGAGCUAUAUUCGUCUGUCGGUGUCCACCAGGUACAAGCGGUUCGCCAGAUAUCGAGUGCACAACAGAGCGCGAAUGCACCAGCGACUUAGAGUGCCCCAAUGAAAAAGCCUGCAUAAAUCUACAAUGUCUGGACCCGUGCGCGCUACGCGGUGCCUGUGGGAUCAAUGCUCUGUGCAGAGUGGUUCUGCACAAGCCGCGUUGCUCGUGCCCGCAGUGCUAUAUCGGCAUGCCCCACACGGCCUGCCAUCCAGAUUCCAAAUGCGACACGCUCAAUCCCAAACCUACGCCGAGCAUCGGUUGUUCCUCCGAUUACGACUGUCCGGAGAGUCUCUCCUGCCACUCGCAGACAGGCGAGUGCCGCGACCCGUGUUUGAGUCCUCGGUAUACCUGCGAGGUCAACAAGAGGUGUCAGGUGCGGAAUCACAAACCUAUGUGCGUUUGCAAAUACGGCUUCGUAGUCAACGAAAUCGGGGAAUUGACCUGCGCCCCUGACACACUUACCUGCUCGAGAGACUUCGAUUGUCCCUCGAACGCCGCGUGCGUCAAUGGGAAAUGUCAAAAUCCCUGUAACGUGCGAAGCAAAAAACCGUGUCCGGCUGAUAAAACCUGCGAUGUCCUGGACCACCGUCCCGUGUGCAUUUGCACCAAAAACUGCAAUCCCUCCCUCUCCAUUUGCCUGCGAGACAGUGGCUGCUCUCCAGACUUGGCGUGCCGUAACUAUCGCUGCGUGGACCCAUGCAGAAACUCCACCUGUCCGGCUGAUGCCCCCUGUUACGUGGAGGAGCACAAGCCUAUCUGCAAGUUCUGUCCCCCCGGCUUUGUGCCAGAUACUAAAUACGGAUGCAUGAAAGCAGUUCUUCAUCCAAUGCCCAAGCCAGUUUGCGAGUCCGAUGAUGAUUGCAGUGACGCAGAAGCAUGCGUCGAAAGCUCUUGCGUUGAUCCCUGCAUCAACGGGUGUCAACUGGCAGUUCAGUGUCGGGUUGAAGCACACAGGCCUAUUUGUGGUUGCGAUCCUAACGACAAACGUUGUUCAUCUGGUGGUGCAACGACGUUACAUUCUAUAGAUUUAGAUCACACUUUUGAAACAGUCCACACUACGUUACAAACAUCAGCGAGUACUAGCAUUCCGCCCUUCACACUACCCAUUUCUACUACGGAGAUGUUAACUGUUAUAUACACGGAGGAAAGCACGGUUGCUUUAACUGACGUUACCGGAAAUUUAUUGGAAAAUAUUACUACUGAAACGACAAAUGAAUCAAACACGACUAUUGCACCGACGGAAAUUGCUACUGAGUCUUCGGAACGUACGACAACCGUAUCUUCGAUAUUAAGUACAACCGAAAUUAAUAUUUUAAAUGGUACUUUAAUUUCAACGACAAACGUUGAUACUUUAGAGAAUAUAACAUCUAGUCCUUUUACCACUCCAACGUCUGAAAGUACUGAUUUUGAAGUUGAAUCUACUUCAACAGAAUAUACAGCAACAGCAAGUACUGUUACUUCCGAAAUCGAACAAACCACUAUUUCAACUAUGUAUAGUACAGAAGAGACUGUUACAGAAAGUAUGCCUUCUUCGACAAUUGGGACAACAAAGAGUGAAUUUGACACUACAACCGAAAUAACUGGAAUAAUUGUCCUUCAAAAUGUCACUGCCACUUCUCCAGUUACAUUCAGUUAUACUGAGAUUACUGAUAUCACUGUUUCUGAUCAAAGUACUGAAACAACAACGAUUUCUAAGACAACGGAAGCAAGUAGCCUUAUUGAAGUUCCUGAGAAUAUAACUGCAGUUCCUACCACAGAAGUUCCUAAUGUAAGUGAUGAAGAAACUUUCACAGUAGCAACAACUACACCUUUUACUACUACUACACAAUAUUCUAUCACAGAAUUAACAGUAAAACCGUUAAAGGAAAUCACUGAAACACAUAUGGAAAGUACCACUAACGCAAUGACUACUACGACAUUUUUUACGCAAACAGAUCAUACGACGUCAUCUCUAGAUAUCUUGGAACAUACCGAAACAUCUACAAUAAAUAUUGAACGUGAUACUGCCAAAGAAAUUACACAAGAAUGGAGCACUGCCAAAACUGGUUCAGUUGAUACAACUGAGCCAUAUGUGAAAGAUACUACUCCAUUUUCUAUCAUUACAUCUGAGUCUCCUAUAUUUACGACAAAUAUGAUUGAUGUCGACAGUUCUCACAAAGGCACUGAUAUUUCUGCAACAGAACAAUCUUCUAUUACCGAGCACAUCACAUCUCAAUUUACCACGGAGGAAUACUCAACAGAACAAUAUACUACUUUGAAACAGUACACUACAACUGAAAAAUUUACAGGAGAGAUUUCUAGUACAGAACAUUAUAGCACAUCGGAACAUACUACAGAGGAACAUUCCACCACAGAACACCUUAAGACGUCAGAACAAACAGAACCAUAUACUACGUUUGCACAAUCUACUGAACAGAUCUCCACUACGAAGCAAUAUAGCACGCCUGAAUAUUCUACAGAAGAAUAUUCUACAGAAGAAUAUUCUACCACAGAACAGUUUAGAACAUCACAGCAACCUACAGAACAAUAUGCUACCUCGAAACAAGAGUCUACAGAACGGAUCUCUACCACAGAAGAGUAUUCCACUACAGGAUUCAAGACCGAACAACCCACCACAUUUGAACAAUCUACAACAAAACAGAUCUCUACAGAACAAUACAGCACAUUUGAAUAUCCAUCUGAACAGUUUAUUACAUCUACGCAAGCGACACAAUAUAGUACAACCGAAUACUCCACAGAGGAAUAUUCUACCACAGAGCAACUUGCUACAUCCAAAAAAUCCACAGAGCAAUAUUUGACCACAGAAUAUUAUACGACGCCUGAAAUCACUCAGAAUAAAACAGAAAUGUUUUGUACCUUACAUACAGAUUGUACAGAAUGUGAAACUUGCAUCGAUGGUCUUUGUCGGAAUCCAUGUAAAACUGACAAUCCAUGUCCAGAGAAUGUCUUAUGCGACGUUGCGAAUCAUCGGCCUGUGUGCUUAGACUCAAGUACCGAGCAGAGUACGUCUAAUUGUAGCGUACUCCCAGACGUGAAAUGUACAACGCACAACGACUGUCCCAUCCAAUUGGCCUGCGUAAAUCAUCAGUGCGUGAAUCCUUGUGCUUUGGGUAAUCCGUGCGACUUCGUCGAAGCUUGCCAUGUUCAAUAUCAUAGGCCGGUCUGCGUCAAAGUGGAGACUAAUGAGGCUGAAUGUCCUUACUGCCCACCUGGUAUGCUGUGCGACUCAUCGACAAACACUUGCAUCAAAGCGGGUUGCACUAGCGACGGGGAUUGCCCCCCGACAGAAGCGUGCAUUGGGCACACUUGCCAGGAACCGUGCCUAGUUCGAAAUCCUUGUGCGGAACACGCUAUUUGUAUUAAUACGAACCACGGAGCGGACUGCAGUUGUGAAGAAGGCUAUCACGGAAAUGGAUUUUCCUAUUGCGAUUUACUGGAAGAAACGAAGAAUAUUUGCCAAUACAACGAAGACUGUCCUCCGCACAAAUAUUGCGAUCGACUCAACAGGCAGUGCAUUAAUCCUUGCGUCGAAUUUGAUUGCGGAGAUAAUGCAAAGUGCGUCUCCAGUAAUCACCAAGCGCAGUGUACGUGCCUUCCAGGUUAUCAAGGAAAUCCUCACAUUGGCUGUCAAGAGAUAGUGUCGACUGUCGAUCCUUGCGUUCCAAAUCCGUGCGGUUUGAACGCUUUAUGCGAAAAUGACAAUGGGAAUCCUGUCUGUUUCUGUCCAAAAGGUCUAACCGGAAGUCCAUUCGAACAGUGCAUUCCCGAAGGUGACCAGUGCGAAGGUAAUCCCUGCGGCGCCAACUCAGGAUGCCGGGUGGUGAAUGGACAAGUGAGGUGCUUCUGUUUGCCAGGAUACGAGGGUGAUCCGCCGCAUUUCCCCUGUACACUUCCUACUACCUCCUGCGAUCCUUCUCCUUGCGGUCCCAAUACUCGCUGUUCCGUGUUGGACAAUGGCUUCGCGAAAUGUACCUGUCUACCUGGCUACAUCGAAAGCCCGAACACUAUUAGAGGAUGCGUGCCAAAAGCUGACCAGUGCGAAUUUAAUCCUUGCGGUUUUGGGGCGAGAUGCAAUAGCACGAGGGUACCGCCUUGUUACUGUCCAGAUCUCAUGAUUGGAAACCCAUACAAGAGUUGUGGAGCACGACCAGCGGAACCAUAUGAUCCUUGUCUAUUAUCACCUUGUGGCAAAAACGCUAUUUGCACGACGAUCGAUGGCAUAGCCAAAUGCACAUGCAUACCGCCAUUUAUCGGCAAUCCCUAUAUAGAUGGUUGCGAGGCCGAGUGCAUCAUUAAUCGGGAUUGCGAAAGUCAUUUGGCUUGUUUCAAUCAACAUUGCAGAGACCCAUGUCCAGGCGUAUGCGGCGCUAAUGCGCAUUGCGAAGUCGUCGAUCAUCUUCCGAUGUGUUCUUGCUUGCCAGGAUAUACCGGAGAUCCGUUCAGAGCCUGCAAAGUAGAGAGACCUCUAGUGCCAGAUCAGAAUCCGUGCAUGCCAUCACCAUGCGGUCCACACAGUAUCUGCCGUGUAAUGAACGAUCGUGCAGUUUGCUCAUGUAGCCCGGGUUAUCAAGGCACUCCGCCGCAUUGCCGUCCGGAGUGUCUCGUCAGCACGGAAUGUCCGGCUCAUCUGGCUUGCAUUAAUCAAAAGUGUAAUGAUCCUUGCCCAGAAUUGUGUGGUUUGAACGCUGAUUGCCAGGUCAUCAAUCACAACCCGAUCUGCAGUUGUCCUCGUCAAUACGUCGGUGAUCCAUUCACUCAUUGUGCUAAGGAAGAACCUUUACCGCCAACAACGAAUCCUUGUUUGCCAUCGCCUUGCGGACCUAACGCUGAUUGUCGCGUCCAAGAGGAUCAUCCGAUAUGCACGUGUAUUAGUGGGAUGUUCGGAGCACCGCCGAAUUGUAGGCCAGAGUGUGUGAUCGAUCAGGACUGCAUUAGCUCCUUAGCUUGUAUUCAAAAGAAAUGCUUGGAUCCAUGCGUGGGAUCAUGCGGUUUUAACACGAAUUGUACGGUGCUGAAUCAUCGACCUAUAUGUCAUUGUUACGAAGGCUAUGAAGGAGAUCCUUUCUCAGGCUGCGCUAAAGCUGUCUUCCCAGCGCAAUUGCCGUGCGAUCCUUCACCGUGUGGUACAAACGCCGUAUGUAAAGAGCGUAAUGGCGCGGGAUCUUGCACUUGUCUGCCCGAUUACACUGGUGAUCCCUACGAGGGCUGCAGACCGGAAUGUGUUCAGAAUACGGAUUGCGUUCACACGAAGGCUUGCAUUAAUAACAAAUGCAAAGACCCGUGCGUGGGAGCGUGCGGAAUUAACGCGCAAUGUCAAGUCUAUAAUCAUCAGCCAUCCUGUAGUUGCCUCUCCGGUUACACCGGAGACCCACUUACGUCUUGCCACAUACCGAUAACGCCUUCAGUACCAGGUGAUACGUGCCAACCAUCUCCCUGUGGACCGUACAGCAACUGCCGCGUUAUUGAUAAUCACGCAGUGUGCUCCUGUCAACCUAAUUACAUUGGCAGCCCACCGUCGUGCCGACCGGAAUGCGUAGUCAGCACGGAUUGUAGCGCGAACACAGCGUGUAUCAACCAGAGGUGCAAGGAUCCAUGUCUAGGCACGUGCGGUGUGAAUGCAGACUGCCGGGUGAUCAAUCAUAAUCCAGUAUGCAUCUGUGCGAUUGGCUAUAGCGGAGAUCCGUUCUUCGGUUGCGUUAAGGAAGAAGUAACACCAAUACCGAGACCAAGCGGCAAUCCUUGCGUCCCUUCGCCAUGCGGACCGAAUUCCCAAUGUCGGGUGAUUGACGGUUUUCCGGCGUGCUCAUGUUUACCGAAUUACGUUGGCCGCGCACCAAAUUGCCGACCGGAGUGUGUCAUAAACGAAGGAUGUCCCGGAAAUUUGGCAUGUCAAAACGAACAGUGCGUGGAUCCGUGUCCAGGCUCUUGCGGCGUAAAUACGUAUUGCAAUGUCGUAAAACACAAUCCUGUCUGCAUCUGUAACGAGGGCUACACGGGCGAUCCGUUCACGGAAUGCAUACCCAUCGUAGAAGUGCCUAUUACGACGGAGCAACCACGCACACCGUGCAAUCCGUCGCCGUGCGGCGCCAACGCAGUGUGCAACGAACGAAACGGCGUUGGAUCCUGCACGUGCCUACCGCAGUACUUCGGUGAUCCGUACAUCGCUUGCAGACCCGAAUGCGUGACUAACGCCGACUGCGAUCGCAGCAAGGCCUGUCUGAACAACAAAUGUGUCAAUCCGUGCCCCGGCACUUGCGGCCAAGACGCUACUUGCCGUGUGGUCAAUCAUGCCCCGAUGUGCUCCUGCCUACCUGGUUAUACUGGCGAUCCGGUGAACGGUUGUACCAUCAUCGAUGUUGUGACACCAUUGCCCGUGCCGCUCAAUCCUUGCGAUCCAUCUCCGUGCGGACCCAACAGCAACUGUCGAACACACGACGGACACGCGGUGUGCCUCUGUCAACCGGGAUUCUCCGGAGUUCCACCGACCUGCCGACCGGGUUGCAUUGUCAGUUCUGAGUGUCCGCAGAACAGGGCAUGCAUUAAUAACAAGUGCGCGGAUCCGUGUCCAGGUUCUUGCGGACAAAACACGAACUGCCUUACGGUGAACCAUAAUCCCAUCUGCAGCUGCGCCAGCGGCUACUCCGGCGAUCCUUUCGUGCAUUGCACCAGGAUUAGCACUACGUCGCCGUUACCAAAAGGGGAAGGAGACCCUUGCCUGCCGAAUCCAUGCGGCCCGAACUCGCAGUGCAGAGUUAUAGGCUCGCAUCCGGCAUGUUCCUGCUUGCAGAACUACAUUGGCCGUCCACCGAACUGCAGGCCGGAGUGCACCGACAACUCGGAAUGUUUGAAUAGCGCAGCGUGCAUCAAUCAGAGAUGCAAGAAUCCCUGUCCUGGUGCUUGCGGCGAAAUCGCCAGGUGCACAGUGCAGAAUCACGUUCCGAUUUGCACCUGUCCGGAAGGAUACGAGGGCGAUCCUACUGUGCGCUGCGUCCUGGCAUCUCCGCCAGCGACAGACAGAACUGUGUCAAAUCCAUGCUCGCCAAAUCCUUGCGGUCCCAAUGCGCAAUGUCGCGAAAGAAACGGAGCUGGCGCCUGCGGAUGUCCGCCUGACCUAAUAGGCGAUCCGUACGAUAUCAUCAAGGGAUGCCACAGGGAAUGCGAAACGAACAAUGACUGCGCGCCGCAGCUGGCGUGUGUUGGUUUCAAAUGCAUAGAUCCAUGUCCAAAUACGUGUGGAACGUUGUCUAUCUGUAACGUACAAGCGCACGUUCCUGUCUGUCUGUGUCCACCGGGAUAUACUGGAGAUCCAUAUUUUGCUUGUGAAAUUGAGGAGAUGAUAAAAACAUUGGAACCGUGCUCUCCAUCACCUUGUGGGCCCAACAGUAAAUGCCGAGUCGUUAAUGGUCAAGCCGUAUGCACCUGUUUACCAGAGUAUAGGGGCAUUCCACCGUCGUGCAGACCAGAAUGUAUCGUUAAUGCCGAGUGUCCACCUCAUCUGGCGUGUGUAAAUAAGAAAUGUGCAGAUCCUUGCCCGAAUACUUGUGGAUUGAGGGCGCAAUGUAUUACCAAAAACCACAAUCCGAUUUGCACUUGUCCUGCCGGUUUCACAGGAGAUCCUUUCACUUUCUGCUCGCCACAUAUUACUACCGAAUUUCCGGCAACUGAGCGGCCACCAUCUUGCACCCCAUCACCUUGUGGUCCGAAUUCUUUGUGUCAAAUAAUAUCCGGCAAUCCCGCUUGUUCCUGCCUGCCAAAUUACAUUGGUGUACCGCCACAAUGUCGACCGGAAUGCAUUUUAAGCUCCGAAUGUAAGAGUCACUUCGCAUGUGUCAAUCAGAGGUGUACGGACCCGUGCCCAGGCUCAUGCGGAGUAAACGCUCAAUGUCACGUAUUAAAUCAUCUCCCAGUUUGCACGUGUAUGGAAGGAUUCACCGGAGAUCCAUUUACGCAAUGCAGCAUUAUUCCGCCAGUUACAGAACCACCAACCACGGACCCUUGCGCUCUAUCACCAUGUGGUCCGAACGCCAUAUGCGAUAAUGGCGAAUGUAGAUGCUUGCCCGAAUAUAUCGGUAAUCCUUAUGAGGCCUGUCGUCCCGAAUGUAUCCUUAAUUCAGAAUGUGCCCGCGAUAAAACUUGCCUGAAGAACAAAUGCAAGGAUCCUUGUCCCGGAAUAUGUGGCCAAAACGCGCGUUGCGAUGUGGUGAAUCACAUUCCCGUCUGUUCCUGUCCAUCCGGAUACGUUGGCGAUCCGUUUGUCAGUUGUCGUGUUCAACCUAGAGUGCCGGAUUCUCGAAAAGAUCCGUGCUCGCCCUCGCCCUGCGGACCGAACAGUCAAUGUCGCAACAUCGAGGAUCACGCUGUGUGCUCUUGUCUCCGAGGCUAUCUUGGUUCUCCGCCAUCCUGCAGACCAGAGUGUGUCGUUAGCUCUGAAUGUCCGCCAACGCGAGCCUGCGUAAAUAAAAAGUGCACAGACCCCUGUCUAGGUUCCUGCGGUUUGAACGCGAGAUGCGAAGUAAUCAACCAUUCGCCGAUAUGCAGUUGUCUUCCUGGACAGACUGGAGAUCCGUUCAGAAGUUGUUAUGAUAUUCCAAUACCAUCGGAACCUAAGGAUCAGGGCGAUCCUUGCAUUCCUUCGCCAUGUGGACCAAACGCACUUUGUCAGAAUGCAAAUGGACAACCAUCAUGUUCGUGUCUACCUACGUACAUCGGCACUCCACCGUCAUGUCGGCCAGAGUGUUUGAUCAAUCCCGAUUGCCCGCCGGAAAAAUCUUGCAUAAACAUGAAAUGUAAAGAUCCAUGCCCGGGAUCCUGCGGGGAUAACGCUGAAUGCAAAGUAGUGAAUCACGCAGUGACUUGUUCGUGUCAGAUCGGCUAUGCGGGCAAUCCGUUCGUGCAAUGCGUAUUAGAAGAAGAACCAAUGAAUCCGUGCGAACCUUCACCGUGCGGUGCCAAUGCGAUCUGUCAACAACGGGACAAUGCUGGCGCUUGCAUAUGCAUCGAUGACUAUCAAGGAAAUCCUUACGAGGGCUGUCAACCGGAGUGCGUCCUCAGCGCGGAUUGUCCUACAAACAAGGCAUGCGUUCGCAAUAAAUGCAAGGAUCCCUGCCCAGGAGUAUGCGGCGUCCGAGCGCAGUGUUCAGUGAUCAACCACAUUCCUACGUGUACUUGCGAACCCGGAUACAUUGGAGAUCCAUUUACGAUUUGCACCCUUCAACCGGAAGUGGAUACCGAACCUACCGUCAGAGAUCCGUGCUCGCCUUCACCCUGUGGACCGAACAGCUUGUGCCGUGCCAUAAACAACCAAGCGGUGUGCACGUGCCAAGAGUCUUUCGUGGGUGUUCCGCCGAAUUGUAAGCCGGAAUGUGUCGUCAAUUCGGAAUGUCCGCAAAAUAGAGCAUGCUACAAAUACAAAUGUACUGACCCGUGCCCUGGCACGUGUGGAAUCGAAGCCAAUUGCCGUAUUAUCAAUCACAAUCCGCUCUGCAGUUGUCCGCAAGGAAAGACGGGCGACCCCUUCUCCAGAUGUUUCCCUGAACCCGUUGUUCCGCUACCGCCGAUGGAUCCUUGUUUCCCUAGCCCAUGUGGACUCUACGCGGAGUGCAAAGUCGUUAAUGAUCAAGCCGCGUGCACUUGCUUGAAAAAUUAUAUAGGAAUACCACCCAACUGCCGCGCAGAGUGCAUAGUCAAUACAGAUUGCCCGUCGGAUCAAGCUUGUAUCUCGGAAAAAUGUCGUGAUCCUUGCGUUGGCUCUUGCGGCCAGAAUGCUGAUUGUCGAGUACAGAAUCACAUACCAGUUUGCUUGUGUCAACCUGGAUAUUCCGGCGAUCCUUUCACUUUGUGCACAGUAAUUAAAGAACAACCAAAGGUUCCCGAAGAUUUGUGUAAUCCGUCACCAUGUGGGCCUAAUGCGGAAUGCAACGAAGGUAUAUGCAGGUGUUUGUCUAAUUACUUCGGAGAUCCGUACUCGUAUUGCCGGCCGGAAUGCACAAUGAACUCAGAUUGUCCUCGCGUCAAAACUUGCAUCAAUCAAAACUGCGUGGAUCCUUGCUCAGGCACAUGCGGUCGUGAUGCACGUUGCGACGUUGUUAAUCACGUCCCAAUGUGCAGCUGUCCGCCUGGUUACACCGGAAAUCCGUUCCUUCUAUGUCGACCACAUAUACCGGAUGACACCAUUAAGCAGCCUUGCACACCUUCGCCUUGUGGACCAAACAGCAUCUGCAAAGUCGUGAGUGAUCAUGCUGUGUGUUCGUGUCAGCCUGGUUUAAUUGGCAGUCCACCCGCCUGCAAACCAGAAUGCGUCGUCAGCGCGGACUGUCCAUUGACACAAGCGUGUCUAAAUAAUAAAUGCCAAGAUCCGUGCCCAGGCACGUGUGGACAGAAUACAAACUGUCAAGUGGUUAAUCAUAAUCCAAUAUGCAGUUGCUCCGAAUCUUUCACAGGCGAUCCCUUCACCAUAUGUUAUCCGCAACCAAAAACACCAUCUGUGCCGAUAAACCCGUGUCUGCCAUCGCCUUGCGGUCCAAACGCGGAGUGUCAAGUCAGGGGUGACAGUCCUGCGUGUUCGUGUAUCGAAAAUUACGUCGGUUUGCCGCCGAAUUGUCGACCGGAGUGCACAAUCAAUCCUGAGUGUCCGCCGCAGUUAGCGUGUAUGCAACAGAAGUGUCGCGAUCCGUGUGUCGGUCUGUGCGGUCUGAACGCUCAAUGCUCGGUAGUGAAUCACCAUGCGGUUUGUGCGUGCAUCGGCGGAUACACCGGAAAUCCAUUCAGCGCUUGCGAACGAGUACCUGAGGAUACGUUCCUAGACAUUAGAAAACCGUGCGAGCCUUCCCCUUGCGGCCUCAAUGCCGUCUGCCGCGAGAACAACGGCGUUGGCUCGUGCACCUGUCUGCCGGACUAUCUAGGUGACCCCUACGAAGAAUGCAGACCCGAGUGCACGCAAAAUUCUGACUGUUUGACAAGAAUGGCGUGCGUGAGCCUGAAAUGCAGAGACCCUUGCCCAGGAACAUGCGGAGUGAAUGCCCAAUGUCAAUCGGUUAAUCAUCUGCCGAUCUGUACUUGCAUCCCCGGCUAUACCGGCAACCCUUUCACCCUCUGUUCCCUGAUAGUUGAAACCUUCCUGCCAGAAACAAAUCCGUGCAGCCCAUCCCCCUGUGGACCAAAUAGUAAAUGCCAAGAUGUAAAUGGCCUUGCCGUUUGCACUUGUCUCCCGAAUUUUAUUGGCAGCCCUCCCAACUGUCGAGCCGAAUGCGUUGUGAACAGCCAAUGCUCCCCGGAUCUUGCUUGCAUCAAUCAGAAGUGUAUGUCGCUCUGCCCGGACCCGUGUGGAAUAAACACACAAUGCAAAGUGAUCAAUCACAGCCCUAUCUGCGUCUGCAAUCUCGAUUAUACCGGGGACCCCUUUACAAGAUGUUUCCCCGCCCCACAACCGCUAGAUUUUCCCGUAGCCCCCAAAGAUCCCUGCUUGCCGUCCCCGUGCGGCGUAUACGCGGAGUGCAGGAACAUCGGUGGCACACCGUCGUGUUCUUGUCUGCCGACCUACAGAGGAUCACCGCCGAAUUGUCGCCCCGAAUGCCGCGUGAAUUCCGAAUGCCCGAUGAAUCUCGCCUGCAGCAAUGAAAGAUGCAGGGAUCCCUGCUUAGGUUCCUGCAGCAUUACUUCAUUGUGCGCAGUCUAUAAUCACGUACCCGUGUGCACCUGUCCCGAGGGAUACACCGGUGACCCUUUCAGUAAUUGUUAUCCCAGACCGACAACGGCACCUGCAGUUAUCGACCCUUGCAAUUUGAAUCCCUGUGGACCGAAUGCACGAUGCAACAAUGGCAUCUGCAUAUGUCUGCCUGAAUACCAGGGUGAUCCAUAUGUGGGUUGCCGUCCCGAGUGUGUCAUGAAUACCGAUUGCGCCCACGAUCGUGCGUGCGUGCGUAACAAAUGUGUGGAUCCCUGCCCGGGCACGUGCGGUCGAAAUGCAUUGUGCUCCGUAUAUAAUCAUGUGCCUAUAUGCACCUGUCCGACCGGAAUGAUCGGCAAUGCCUUCGUUCAAUGUUCCAUAGUCGAAGAUACCCCGAAAGGAGAUCCCUGCUCACCCUCGCCCUGCGGACCCAACAGCGUUUGCCGAGAGAACAACGGGCAACCUGUAUGCUCGUGUGUGGCGGGAUUCCUUGGCGUACCGCCAGCAUGCAGGCCGGAAUGCACUGUCAGUUCCGAGUGUCUUCUGACAGAAGCGUGUAGCAAUCAGAAAUGCAUAAAUCCUUGUCUCGGUGCAUGCGGAAUUCAAGCCACAUGCCAAGUGAUUAAUCAUAAUCCCAUAUGUAGCUGCGGAGAACUCACCGGAGACCCGUUUAUUCGAUGUAUCCCACGACCACCCGAACCUGUGUUGCAAACAGACCCCUGUGUGCCAUCUCCUUGUGGAGCGAACGCUGAGUGUCGAGUUAUCGGCGAUGCUCCCUCGUGCUCGUGUUUAGCUGGAUUUUUGGGUUUACCACCGUAUUGUAAACCAGAAUGCAUUAGCAACAGUGAAUGUCCUGCUCAUUUAGCAUGCAUGAAUCAGAAGUGUAGGGAUCCUUGCGAAGGUUCCUGUGGGGCCAACGCCGAGUGUCGUGUAGUAAGCCACACGCCCAUGUGCGUUUGUCCUAACGAUUUUACCGGUGAUCCAUUUACGCAAUGUAUACUGAAACCACCCACACCAGUCCCAUUGUCGCCCUGUAAACCAUCACCUUGUGGCUUUAAUGCCGUUUGCAAGGAACAGUUUGGUGCUGGAUCCUGUUCUUGCUUACCAGAUUAUGUCGGCAAUCCUUACGAAGGAUGUCGACCGGAAUGCGUAGUUGAUACGGAUUGCAUAUCUAUUCUUGCUUGCGUACAAUCAAAGUGCAGAGACCCAUGUCUCGGUGUCUGCGGACAAUUCGCCGAAUGUCAAGUUAUUAAUCAUCGACCAACUUGUACAUGUAUUUCCGGUUACAGCGGCAACCCAUUCCAAUACUGCACUGUGAUGCGCGAUAUCGUCGAUAUUCCGAGGGAUGUUUGUAAUCCAUCACCUUGCGGACCCAACAGCCAAUGUCGUGAUAAUAAUAAUCAAGCAGUUUGUUCUUGCCUACCGAAUUUCAUCGGUAGUCCACCCGCAUGUCGCCCUGAAUGCGUGACAAGCUCAGAUUGUCCCCUCAAUCUUGCUUGCUUGAAUCAAAAGUGUCAAGAUCCCUGUCCAGGCUCCUGCGGUAGAAAUUCGAAUUGCAGAGUUAUCAAACACAAUCCAAUUUGUUCCUGUAGAAACGGCUUUACCGGCGAUCCAUUUACCGUUUGCUUCCAGACACCUGUGAGUCCGCCCGUCGUAAGUGACAUUACGAGAGACCCGUGCGUACCGUCACCUUGUGGCGCGUUUUCCGAAUGUCGCGAUAUAGGAGGAGUGCCAUCGUGUUCUUGUUUACCAAUGUACAGAGGCAGUCCGCCAAAUUGUAAACCAGAAUGUACAAUCAAUGCAGAGUGUCCAGCUAAUAUGGCUUGCAUGCAACAAAAAUGUAGAGAUCCCUGUCCAGGCUCAUGCGGCAUUAUGGCCGAAUGCAGUGUCGUAAAUCACGUGCCAAUUUGUUCGUGUUUGCCCGAUUACACCGGCGACCCUUUCAUCGGAUGUUCCAUAAAGCCACUCGUUGUUGCUUCCUCCAAACCGGAUCUAUGCACGCCUUCACCUUGCGGACCCAAUACGCAAUGCAACGGAGGAAUUUGCGUUUGCAUAGCAGAAUAUUUCGGGGAUCCUUACAGCGGUUGUCGGCCGGAAUGCGUAUUGAAUAACGAUUGCCCGAACACGCAGGCUUGCGUGCGAAAUAAAUGUGUGGAUCCUUGUCCAGGUGUUUGCGGCCAAAAUGCCGUGUGCAAUGUGUACAAUCAUGUUCCCAUGUGUAGUUGUCUCUCGGGAAUGGAUGGAAAUGCUUUCGUCUUGUGUUCUCCCGUGCCAGCACCACCCAUUAGCAACCCAUGUAAUCCGUCUCCGUGUGGUCCGAACAGUCAAUGCCGACAAAAUAAUAUGCAGGCUGUAUGUAGUUGCAUAAGUGGAUUUGUCGGCGCGCCACCGACUUGCAGACCCGAAUGUGUAAUUAGCUCAGAUUGCCCGAAGAACGAGGCGUGCACCAAUCAAAAAUGUCGGGAUCCUUGUCCGGGAAGUUGCGGGCGCAACACAAUAUGCAACGUCAUUAAUCACAAUCCUGUCUGCGUCUGCCGUUCCGGAAUGACCGGAGAUCCGUUUAUUAAUUGCUUCCCUCUUCCUGAGGAACCGGUACCUGUGCUUAAUCCCUGUCAACCAUCACCGUGUGGACCAAACGCGCAAUGCCAAGUGAUCAAUGAUCAACCCUCUUGCUCAUGCUUGCAAGAAUUUAUCGGAUCACCUCCAAAUUGCCGAUACGAGUGUAUCAGUAAUAGCGAGUGCUCGAACAAAAUGGCCUGCAUCAACCAAAAAUGUCGCGAUCCGUGCAUCAACGCAUGCGGCAUCAAUGCCGUUUGUAAUGUUGUUAGCCACACGCCGAUGUGCGCUUGCACCCCCGGUUAUACUGGCGAUCCGUUUACACAGUGUUCUCCUCAACAAUUCGAUAUACAACCUAGCAUAUCCACGCCGUGCACACCAUCUCCGUGUGGUGCAAAUGCAGUAUGCAGAGUUCAGCAAAACGUUGGUUCUUGUUCAUGCUCCUCCGAUUAUAUCGGCAACCCUUACGAAGGGUGCAGACCCGAGUGUACGCUCAAUUCCGAUUGUCCGUCCAAUCAGGCGUGUAUCGGUUUGAAAUGCAAAGAUCCGUGUCCAGGAACGUGCGGUCAAAACUCUCAGUGCUACGUGAUUAAUCACGCGCCAACUUGCACUUGCUUCGAGCGGUACACGGGAAAUCCAUUCAUAUUCUGCAGCCUUAUCAUCGAAGCUCCGGUUGUAGCAGAUAAUGUCAAUCCUUGUCAACCAUCCCCCUGCGGACCGUACAGUCAAUGCAGAGCAAGCAACGGCCAAGCUGUUUGCUCUUGCCUGCCUACUUAUAUCGGCGCACCGCCCGGUUGUAGACCCGAAUGCACAGUUAGCACGGAUUGCGCGACGAAUCGCGCUUGUGAGAAUAACAAGUGUGUCGAUCCUUGCCCCAAUUCGUGCGGUCAGGGCACAACAUGUAGAGUCGUGAAUCAUAGUCCAAUAUGCAUGUGCAAACCUGGAUUUAGCGGUGAUCCAUUCGUACGCUGCUUAUUCGCACCACCUACAUCGAGUUACUUACCGAGCCUGCCCUCGGAUCCUUGCAUACCCUCUCCGUGCGGACCUAACUCACAAUGCCGCAAUAUCAAUGGUUACCCAUCUUGUUCCUGUAUGAUUAAUUACGUUAGUACACCGCCAAAUUGUCGUCCCGAGUGCGUUAUUCCUGCCGACUGCCCGAGCAAUCAGGCUUGCAUUCGCGAAAGAUGCCAAGAUCCGUGUCCAGGUUCUUGCGGCCUGAAUGCCGAUUGUACUGUUCACAACCACAUUCCAAUCUGUAGAUGUAUAGAAAGUUAUACCGGCGAUCCGUUUAUCGGUUGUCAACCUGUGCCAAUCUACAACGAGCCAACGCAGCCAACUGAUCCAUGCAGUAGAUCACCUUGUGGACCAAACGCUCAAUGCAACAAUGGCAUUUGUAUUUGUUUACCUGAAAACUUUGGCGACCCAUACAUUGGCUGUCGACCAGAAUGCGUACUCAGUACAGACUGCUCAACCGACAGGGCUUGUAUACGAAACAAAUGUGUCGAUCCUUGUCCAGGUACUUGUGGACAAAAUAGUUUAUGCAACGUGAUAAAUCACACACCAAUGUGCAGUUGUCCCCCUGGUACUGUUGGAAACGCGUUCAUUUCCUGCGAUAUAAUGAGAGUUCCGCCCGUAACAAGACCGUGCAGCCCGAAUCCCUGCGGUCCAAACAGCAUAUGUCGAGAAUUAAAUGGACAAGCUGUGUGCACUUGUGCGCCAGAAUUCCUUGGAUCGCCGCCUCUUUGCCGACCCGAAUGUACUAUUAGUUCGGACUGUCGGCCGAAUGAAGCUUGCGCUAAUCAGAAAUGUAGAGAUCCGUGUCCCGGUACGUGCGGCAUCCAAGCAAGAUGCGUAGUCGUCAAUCACAACCCUGUCUGCUCGUGCCCCGAGCGCUAUACAGGCGAUCCGUUCAUCAGAUGCGAUGUUAUGAAACCAGUAGCACCCGUAGUGAUAAACCCUUGUCAGCCUUCACCCUGUGGUCCGUACGCUCAGUGCCAGGUCGUUAACGAUUUGCCAUCCUGCUCGUGCCUACCCGAAUACAGAGGCUCGCCCCCGUAUUGUCGACCCGAAUGUAUUUCCAAUCCCGAGUGUCCCAGCCAUCAAAGUUGUGUGCGGCAAAAGUGCAGGGACCCCUGCCCAGGUCUAUGCGGAGAGAAUGCCGAGUGCCAUGUGGUACAACACGUGCCUCAUUGCGUCUGUUCCUAUGGUCUCACCGGUGAUCCGUACACGCGCUGCUCCGCGAUACCACGCCCAACAGAACUGGAACCAGAACCGUCGCCCUGCGCAAUCUUCGAAUGCGGCGCGAAUGCGAUAUGUAGAGAGCGAGACAAUGUCGCAAUUUGUCAGUGUGUCACUAGCUAUGUCGGCAAUCCGUACUUAGCAUGCCGACCCGAAUGCGUCAUUAAUCCCGACUGUCCAUCCAAUUUGAUGUGCGUGAGAAACAAGUGCGCUAAUCCCUGCGCCGGCAUGUGCGGCCGAAAUGCUGAAUGUUCGGUUGUCAAUCAUCAACCGAUGUGCACAUGUCUCCCCGGAUAUACCGGAGAUCCCUUCAUUACUUGUUCUGUAGAUAAAAUAAUCUCAGACGAGAACGUUUGUGCCCCAUCACCCUGUGGACCCAACAGCAAAUGCAAAGAAGUGUCCGGACAGGCUGUCUGUUCAUGCCUCCCGACGUACGUUGGAACCCCACCUGCAUGUAGACCUGAAUGUGUCGCUAGCUCAGAGUGUUCCCCGCAAUUAGUGUGCAAGGACUACAAAUGCGUGAACCCCUGCCCAAGCCCAUGCGGACUCAAUACCAAUUGCGUGGUCGUUAAUCACAGCCCCAUCUGCAGUUGUAUGUCCGGUUACAGCGGAGAUCCGUUCACCAUAUGCUCGUUAAUUCCACCUGUAACACCACCGCUAGUACAGAAAGACCCUUGUGUGCCAUCCCCGUGCGGUAGUUUCUCCCAAUGCAGAAAUAUCGGUGGCUCUCCCGCGUGUACCUGCCUGGAAAAUUACAUGGGUCAGCCACCUAAUUGCAGACCCGAAUGUACCAUACACUCGGAAUGCUCAAGUGAUAAAGCCUGCAUCAACAUGAAGUGUGUGGAUCCAUGUCCCGGCUCGUGCGGCACCAAUGCCCUAUGUUCGGUCAUUAAUCACAUUCCUACGUGCAGAUGCCCCGAGGGCUACACUGGAAAUACGUUUGUCCUUUGCGAGAUAUUACCAGCAACACCGAUUCCAUCCCCGGUCGAAGAUGCCUGCGUCCCAUCACCCUGUGGCCCUAACGCACAAUGUUUCGAUGGUAUCUGUACUUGCCUACCGGAGUUCCGAGGAGAUCCGAAUGUAGGUUGCCGACCGGAAUGCGUCCUAAACGCGGAUUGUCCUCGCGAUAGAGCGUGCAUACGUAACAAAUGCCUGGACCCAUGCCCCGGAGCUUGCGCCGUUAACGCGUUAUGCACCGUGAUCGGUCACGUUCCCAUGUGCAGUUGCCCUGGAAAUAUGACCGGCAACGCAUUCAGCCAAUGCACGCCUCUACAAGACAUGCCACCCGCUAAUCCAUGCGCCCCUUCACCCUGUGGACCGAACAGCGAAUGCCGCGUUAUAAAUAACCAGGCAGUUUGCUCCUGUAUAAGAGGAUACAUAGGUAGCCCUCCGACCUGCAGACCCGAGUGCAUAGUCAGCACGGAUUGCCCCCAGAAUGAGGCUUGUAGCAACCAGAAGUGUACGAACCCUUGUCCUGGAAGUUGCGGAUUAGGCGCAUCCUGUCAAGUAGUGAAUCAUAAUCCGAUUUGCGUUUGUCCACCCUCUCAAACAGGCGAUCCUUUUGUUAGAUGUUAUUUAUCACCACCACAAGUACCUGUGUUACCCCCUACGCCAUGCAAGCCAAACCCGUGCGGCCCCAACUCGCAAUGCCAACCGCGCGGCGAUGAGUCUCUGUGCACGUGUUUACCCGAUUUCAUCGGCAGUCCGCCUAACUGCAGAGCGGAGUGCGUCAGUAACAGUGAAUGUUCCAAUCAUUUAGCCUGUAUUAACAAGAAAUGUCAGGAUCCGUGCGUUGGCUCCUGCGGUGCAAACGCUAAUUGUCACGUUGUCAGUCACACCCCGAUGUGUUCUUGCGUGAACGGUUACACCGGUGAUCCAUUCACGCAAUGCAUCUUGAGAGAACCCACACCGUUGCCGCCUGCACCUGUUGAUCCUUGCACUCCCUCCCCUUGCGGCUCCAAUGCAGUGUGCAAGGAAUUCAAUGGUGCCGGUUCGUGUACGUGCUUGCCGAAUUACACCGGAAAUCCGUACGAAGGAUGCAGGCCGGAGUGUAUCCUAAAUUCGGACUGCCCCGCCAAUCUAGCUUGUAUAAAUACGAAAUGUAGAGACCCGUGCCCGGGAUCGUGCGGGCGCAAUGCGUUAUGUCAGGUGGUUAAUCAUUUACCGGUAUGCAACUGUUAUCCCAGAUACACCGGCGACGCCUUUUCAUAUUGCACUCUGGUAGAAAUAGGAGAUAGUGUCGUCAGUAAUCCUUGCCAACCAUCACCAUGUGGACCCAACAGUUUAUGUCGUGUUGUGGAUAACACGAGCGUCUGCACUUGCUUACCCGACUUCCAGUGGGUAGCCAGCCCACCAAACUGUCGCCCUGAGUGCACUGUUAGUGCCGAAUGCGCUUUUAAUCUGGCGUGCAUCUCGCAUAAAUGUAGCAAUCCUUGUCGUGCAUUGUGCGGUUCUAACGCGAGAUGCGAAACAAUCAAUCAUAAUCCCAUAUGCUCGUGCCCAUCUGGUUUUACUGGCGAUCCAUUCGUUGCCUGCUUCCAAAUGCCACCUAAAGAUGAAGAACUUCGUCCACUUGUAAAUCCUUGCGCACCUUCACCCUGCGGACCUUAUUCGGAAUGCCGUGACAUUAACGGCCAAGCAUCCUGCGCUUGUUUGUCAACAUAUAUAGGAACACCACCCAAUUGUAGGCCCGAAUGUUCAGUUAAUCCAGAAUGCCCGACUAAUCAGGCGUGUAUUCAGAGAAAAUGUCGAAAUCCUUGCGAUGGAGUAUGUGGAGUAGGAGCAAUUUGUAAUGUUAUUCGUCAUACACCUACAUGUUCUUGUUCCAAUGGGUUCACUGGGGAUCCAUUUAUAGUGUGUAGACCAAUUCCCGAGGAAGAUAUAGCACCUAAACCAACGGAUCCAUGCUUAAAUUGCGGCGCGAAUACGCAAUGCUUUAACGGUGUGUGCAGUUGCCUUCCCGAAUAUCAAGGGAAUCCAAACUUCGGAUGUCGUCCUGAAUGUAUCUUAAAUUCGGAUUGUUCGAGAGACCGGGCUUGCAUUAAGAACAAAUGUCGAGAUCCGUGCGGUCUCGGAAUCUGCGGUGUCAAUGCCUUGUGUUCUGUCGUGAAUCACGUACCAGUCUGCACUUGCGCGCAGGGAAUGUCUGGAAAUGCGUUCAUGCAAUGUUCUCCAAUAGAUGACGCGAUACCAAAAGACCCAUGUAACCCGACACCCUGUGGACCGAACAGUCAGUGUCGAAGGAUAAGGGAUCAAGCUGUCUGCUCGUGUCUCCCUGGAUACUUGGACGCACCACCUAAUUGCCGAGCCGAAUGCAUUAUUAGUUCCGACUGUCUCGCCAAUAUGGCUUGCAAUAAUCAAAAAUGCAUAAACCCCUGUCCCGGAACGUGCGGCAUUAGAGCCCAAUGUACCGUAGUUAAUCACAAUCCGAUUUGUUCUUGUCUCUCCGAGUUGACCGGCGACCCCUUCACUCAGUGUGUCCCAAGACCGAUAGAACCUCCAACGCCCGUUAAUCCUUGCGUUCCAUCUCCGUGUGGACUUAACAGCAAAUGCGAAGUUGCAAACAACGCAUAUUCAUGCUCUUGCUUGCCGGAGUUUGUUGGCGAUCCGCCGAAUUGUAGACCCGAAUGCGUUAGCAAUAGCGAGUGUCCCACGCAACUAGCGUGCAUCAAUCAGAAGUGUCGCGAUCCAUGUCCGGGCUCCUGUGGUAUUAAUUCUGAUUGCCGAGUAAUAAGUCACACGCCUAUGUGCGUUUGCCUUGUCGGAUUCGAAGGGGAUCCGUUUGUAUUAUGCAACCCCAAACAAAACGAUGUUAUAAGUGCUGUAAAACCAACCCCUUGCAUUCCAUCGCCGUGCGGUUUUAAUGCGGUGUGCCGCGAAUCGAAUGGUAUCGGUUCUUGCACAUGUCUACGAGAUUACACAGGCAAUCCAUACGAUGGCUGUCGACCCGAGUGCACGAUAAAUUCCGAUUGCACCGCGGAUCGGGCGUGCGUCGGAUCGAAAUGUCAGAAUCCUUGUCCAGGUUUCUGCGGGUAUAAUGCGAUUUGCCAAGUGGUAAAUCACGCGCCGUUGUGCACAUGUCAACCUGGAUACAGCGGCAACCCGUUCGUCUCUUGUAAUAGAAUUGUGCAAGAUACGACGUUAGAACGUGAUCCAUGCAGUUCUUCUCCCUGUGGACUUAAUAGUCAGUGUCGCGAAUUAAACGGUCAAGCGGUGUGCUCUUGUUUACCCACAUUUAUCGGAACUCCGCCGAGCUGUCGCGCGGAAUGCACUGUCAGCUCCGACUGUCCCGUAAAUCGUGCGUGCAAGAACCGUAAAUGCGUUGAUCCAUGCCCCGGGAUCUGUGGCAUCAACGCGAGAUGCGAAGUAAUUAAUCAUAGCCCGAUUUGCAGUUGUAAUCAAGGUUUUACCGGCGAUCCCUUUGUAACGUGCUUCCAAACGCAAAUAGACAAAGACACACCUCAAAUGCCAGAAAAUCCGUGCGUUCCAUCCCCCUGCGGUCCAUUUGCCACUUGCCGCGAUAGCGGCUACGCGGGCGUGCCGACGUGCACGUGUCUGGAAAAUUACAUUGGUAGCCCCCCGAACUGCCGACCAGAAUGUACCGUAGAUUCUGAGUGCAGCAGUAAUCAAGCUUGUUUGAGACAAAAAUGCAGAGACCCAUGCCUGGGCUCGUGUGGUAUCGGUGCCCAAUGCCUCGUGGUUAAUCACAUGGCCGUUUGUCUUUGUCCAAAGGGUUACACCGGGGAUGCGUUUGCCAAUUGCUUCCCGGAACCUCCUCCUGCACCUGUACUACAAGAUCCUUGUAAUCCAUCCCCGUGCGGAGCCAACGCGAUAUGUCGCGACGGCGUCUGUACCUGUCUGCCUGAGUAUCGAGGUGAUCCUUACACUGCGUGUCGACCCGAAUGCGUACAAAAUCCGGACUGCCCAUUAGACAAGGCGUGCGUUCGUAAUAAGUGCUUCGACCCGUGCAUUGGAGUUUGCGGGCAAAACGCAAAGUGCACAGUCAUAAAUCACACUCCAAUGUGCGCUUGCCCAGACGGAAUGUCUGGCAAUGCGUUUGCGGCGUGUUAUCCGGUCAUUCAAGAUGUCGUUGAGAACCCAUGUAAUCCGUCGCCCUGCGGCCCGAACAGUCGAUGCCAGAGCUUUAAUAAUCAAGCAGUAUGUACGUGUAUACCUGGAUUCAUAGGAAAUCCGCCAGUCUGCCGACCCGAGUGCAUAGUUAAUACCGAUUGCGCAUUGAAUGAGGCUUGCAUCAAUAUGAAAUGUGGCAAUCCUUGUUUGGGUGCGUGCGGUAUAUCCGCUCGUUGCCAGGUGUUAAAUCAUAAUCCAAUCUGUACCUGUCCUCCUGUGUUCACCGGCGAUCCGUUUAUACGUUGCAUACCAAGACCGGAGGAUGUUCCAAGACCGAUAAACCCGUGCCAACCGUCGCCUUGCGGUCCUAACUCUCAAUGCCAAGUCAUCAAUGAUACACCGUCCUGCUCUUGCAUGGCAGAGUUCAUUGGAACGCCACCGAACUGUAGACCGGAGUGCAUUAGUAAUAGUGAAUGUCCGAGCCAAAUGGCGUGUAUUAAUCGCAAAUGUAGAGACCCGUGUCCUGGAUCUUGUCAUCCUCUGGCUAAUUGCUAUGUCGUUAAUCAUGUGCCCACUUGCACGUGUCGCAUCGGUUACACAGGCGAUCCAUUUGUUCAAUGCACGAUCAUGCCUAGCGAACCACCGGCACCGAGACAACCUUGUCAACCAUCGCCUUGUGGGACAAAUGCCGUAUGUAGAGAACAAAACGGCGUUGGUUCUUGUACAUGCUUGCCUGAAUACAUUGGAAAUCCCUACGAAGGAUGCCGCCCCGAAUGUACCAUUUCGUCAGACUGCCCCGCGCAUUUAGCUUGCAUCGGAUCAAAAUGUCAGAACCCAUGCCCCGGUUCAUGCGGCACCAAUACCAAUUGCCAAGUUGUCAACAAUGUCCCCGUUUGCACUUGUAUCCCUGGUUACACCGGCAACCCAUAUAUAAACUGCGUUUAUCAGACUCUCAGCAUUCCCGAUGAGAAGCGUGAACCAUGCAAGCCUUCCCCUUGUGGCCCCAACAGUCAAUGCGCCGAUAAUAACGGUCAAGCUGUUUGCUCCUGCUUGCCCCAGUUUAUCGGAACUCCGCCAAAUUGUAGACCGGAAUGCUUAGUAAAUUCGGAGUGCGGAUCGAACCGAGCAUGUGUGAAUCAAAAAUGUGUAGAUCCGUGCAUCGGCACCUGUGGUCGCGAUGCUCAAUGCAAGGUCAUACAUCACAGCCCGAUUUGUGUCUGCGCAAGCGGCUUUACGGGCGAUCCGUUCAUCUAUUGCUUUGCAGCACCAAUUCCGAAACCAGAAGACCAAUAUCCGAAGGACCCAUGCUUGCCCUCACCUUGUGGCCCCAACGCCUUAUGCAGAGCCAUUGGUGACGCCCCAGCGUGCAGCUGCAUGCAGAAUUACAUAGGUGUUCCACCUAAUUGUCGACCCGAGUGUUCGAUAAAUUCGGAUUGUCCCGCUAAUAGAGCUUGCAUCAGAGAAAAAUGUAGAGAUCCUUGUCCAGGAUCGUGUGGCCUUUUGGCGCGUUGUUCGGUGAUUAAUCAUACGCCAUCCUGUGUAUGUCCUGAAGGAUAUACCGGUGAUCCUUUCGUCAGUUGCAACGUCUUACCUCAGAUACCUCUACCUCCCCCCGACCGAUGCAACCCGUCACCGUGCGGUCAGAACGCUCAAUGCAACAACGGAGUUUGCACAUGCAUACCCGAAUACUUUGGAGACCCGUAUGCCGGCUGUCGACCGGAAUGUGUGAUUAACACCGAUUGUCCUCGCGAUAGGGCAUGCAUGCUCCAUAAAUGUCGUGAUCCGUGCGCCGGAACAUGCGGCGUUAACGCGGAAUGCAUCGUUGUUAAUCACUUGCCUAUGUGCAGCUGUCCAAGAAAUAUGACCGGUAGCGCAUUUGUUUCGUGUACACCUCUUCAAGAUUCGAUCAUCGUGGAACAACCAUGCAGUCCAUCCCCAUGUGGUCCAAAUAGCCACUGUCGUGCGUCAAAUGGCCAGGCGAUUUGCGCGUGCAUCGCCGGAUUUAGAGGCGCCCCACCAUCCUGUAGACCGGAAUGUCUCGUAAGCACCGAUUGCGCUCGCAACAGAGCCUGCAGCAAUCAAAAGUGCAUCGAUCCGUGCCUCGGUGCAUGUGGAUUAACCGCGCAAUGUACCGUCGUGAAUCACAAUCCCAUAUGCAGCUGCCCGCCUUUGUACACGGGAGAUCCAUUCGUUCAAUGCGUUCGGCAACCGGAAGAACCACAGCCACCGAUAGAUCCCUGUCAACCUUCACCUUGUGGCCCGAACGCGAUAUGUCGAAUUCUCAAUGGCGCCCCAUCGUGCUCGUGCUCGCCUCAGUUUAUCGGCACUCCGCCCAGAUGUAGACCGGAAUGUAUCAGUAACAGCGAAUGCCCCAGUCAGCAAGCUUGCAUUAAUCAGAAAUGCCGUGAUCCUUGCCCGGGAUCGUGCGGUAGAAAUGCUGAAUGUAGAACUGUCAGUCAUACCCCGAUGUGCGUUUGCGCCGGUGACUUUACCGGUGAUCCAUUCAUCCAGUGUAAUCCCCGGCCGAUCGACACACCGCUUGUUCCACUAAAUCCGUGCCAACCGUCGCCAUGUGGUGCGAAUGCUAUGUGCCGUGAAAUUUCUGGCUCGGCCUCCUGCACUUGCCUACCCGAUUUUUACGGAAAUCCGUACGAGGGUUGUAGACCUGAGUGCGUAAUUAACUCCGACUGUACCUCCAAUCGAGCUUGCAUAAGGAAUAGAUGUCAAGACCCUUGCCCAGGAACAUGUGGUGUCAAUGCGAUUUGCGAAGUCAUCAAUCACAUACCGGCAUGCAGCUGUCAACUGAGAUAUACCGGAGACCCAUUCAGAUACUGCGAGCUUAUGCAAGAAACUCCUCCUGUAGGCGACCCUUGUCAGCCAUCACCGUGCGGUCCGAAUAGUCGAUGCCUCAAUGUAAACGGAAAAGCCAGCUGUUCGUGUCUCCCCACCUACCAAGGAACUCCUCCCGACUGCAGACCCGAGUGUAUCGUUAGCACAGAAUGCCCUAUGAAUCGCGCGUGUGUCAAUCAGAAAUGCGUUGAUCCGUGUCCAGGUGUAUGUGGUAUCAACGCAAAGUGCGACACCCUGUCCCACAGCCCAUUCUGCAGUUGCGGACCCGGUCAGAUUGGAGAUCCCUUCGUCAAGUGUUUCGACAUGCCCUUAAUGCCUACACCAACGCUACAAGUAAAUCCCUGCGUCCCAUCGUCCUGCGGCCCGUUCUCCACGUGUCAAGACAGAGGAGGCUAUCCGUCUUGCACGUGCAUGCCCAAUUACAUUGGCUCGCCACCUUACUGCCGCGCCGAAUGUACAAUCAACUCUGAUUGCACCAGCAAUAAAGCCUGCAUCAGAGAAAAAUGCGGAGACCCCUGUCCUGGAUCUUGCGGUUUUAAUGCCUUAUGCACUGUAAUCAACCAUACCCCGGCUUGCACGUGUCCCGAUGGAUACACGGGUGAUCCCUUCAACAAUUGUUACCUGGCGCCCAUGCAAAUUCCUACCGUAACGUCAGACCCAUGUAACCCGUCGCCAUGCGGGCUCAAUGCCGAGUGUCGUAACGGAAUCUGCACUUGCGUACCUGAAUAUCGUGGCGAUCCGUAUCGAGAAUGUCGGCCGGAGUGCGUGCAGAAUUCCGACUGUCCAUUUAAUAGAGCUUGCGCGAAUAACAAGUGCGUGGAUCCCUGCAUUGGAAUUUGCGGCCAGAAUGCGGAAUGCGCGGUUAUCAAUCAUGUAUCCACUUGUAGCUGCGUCAAGGAUCACGAAGGCGAUCCGUUUACCCUUUGUAGACGCGUGCAACCACGCGUCAAACCUUGCGAGCCUUCCCCCUGCGGACCCAACAGCGUUUGCCGUGAAUUCGGCAAUCAAGCCUCCUGUUCUUGCUUACCUGGUUACUUCGGAAUCCCGCCAAGCUGCAGACCCGAGUGUCUCGUUAGCACCGAUUGCGAACAGAGCAAGGCUUGCGUGAACAUGAAAUGCCGCAAUCCCUGUGAAAAUGCUUGCGGCCAGAAUGCUCUAUGCGUUGUGCGAAAUCAUAAUCCAAUUUGCAGGUGCCCCGUUCAGCAUUCCGGUGACCCGUUUGUCAACUGUUUCCCCAUAACAACACCGGACGUAGAACCCAUCAAGGACCCGUGUUACCCCUCACCGUGUGGAUUGAACUCGCAGUGCGCGGUAUCCGCCGACAAUACACCCUCCUGCUCCUGUUUGCCCACCUUCAUAGGAUCUCCACCCAAUUGUAGACCCGAAUGCCAUGUAAACAGCGAAUGUCCCACCAAUCGAGCAUGCAUUAAGCAGAAAUGUACCGACCCGUGCGUUGGAUCGUGCGGAUUCAAUGCACUAUGCCAAGUCACUUUGCACCAAGCUCGAUGCACCUGUCCCGAACCAUACACUGGAGACCCAUUCACAGUUUGCUCUGAGAUAAUAUCAACUCCAGCACCGCCAGUACCGUCUAGACCGUGCAGUCCUUCACCGUGUGGAAUAAACACGUAUUGCCACGAGAGAUUCGACACGGCCAUUUGCGAGUGCGUACCGAACUACAGAGGCAAUCCGUACCAAGGCUGUCAACCCGAGUGCCUAAUGAAUACCGAUUGCCCGAAAUCGCAAGCGUGCAUAAAGACGAGAUGUCAAGAUCCUUGCCCUGGUACUUGCGGCGUUGGUGCGAUCUGCACCGUAUCCAAUCACGUCCCCAUUUGCUCGUGCCCGUUGCCGACGAUCGGAGACGCUUUCACGCUAUGCCAAGUCCCUGUGGAAGAUACUAAAGAAACAGAUCCAUGCUAUCCAUCACCGUGCGGACCGAAUACUGUCUGCGAGAAAGUUGGCAAUACAGCAAUUUGUAAAUGUUUGCCUGGGCUGCAAGGUGUUCCAACGAGUGUAACUGGUUGUCAUCCGGAAUGCGUUCUCAGCUCGGAUUGUCCGGGCGACAAAGCUUGCAUACAGAGUAAAUGCAAAGAUCCCUGCUCUCAGAAUGUAUGCGGCAGCAAGGCAGUGUGUAAGACGAUCAAUCACAGCCCACUUUGCAGCUGCCCGUCUCCGUUGAUCGGCAAUCCCUUCGAGGAAUGUUAUACAAAGAUCGAAACCAAUCCUUGCAGUCUAUCGCCUUGCAAUUAUAACGGCGAGUGCAGAGUGAGAAAUGGCGUCGCGAUUUGCAUCUAUCCUGAGUGCGUUAUUAACUCAGACUGUUCGCGUGAUAAAGCCUGCUUCUCACAAAAAUGCAGAGAUCCCUGCAUCGGCGCGUGCGGCAUCAAUUCUAUCUGUCAGACCGUUAAUCACAAACCAAUUUGUUCCUGCCCCGUUGGAUUCACGGGCAAUGCGCGAGUUCAGUGCACAAUUCCAGCCCUUGAAGAACCAAUCCCAGAAUGCACACAAAAUUCCGAGUGCUCGAACGACAAGACUUGCUUCAAUCAAAAGUGCGUUGACCCGUGUACUCUCGAUUCUUGUGGCCUUAAUAGUCGCUGCCAUGUACAAAUGCACAGAGCUAUAUGUGUCUGCAAUGAUGGCUACACGGGAUAUCCUCAGCAAUAUUGCCAUCAACUCGGUUGUCGCAGCGAUAGCGAAUGCUCAUUGAUUCAAUCUUGUAUUAAUAACGAGUGUAUUGAUACCUGCCUGGUUACACAGUGCGGUGUUAACGCAUUAUGUACCGCAGACGGAUAUCAUAAGACUCGAUGUUAUUGUCCUGAUGGAUAUACGGGUAAUCCUUACCAAAUAUGCGAAAGGCCUGAGUGCACUAGCGACAACGAUUGUGCUUCAUCUUUGGCCUGCCGCAACUUGAGAUGCGUCAAUCCUUGUAACUGUCCACCACCAGCAUUGUGCAAUGUCGCCAAUCAUCGACCAAUAUGUAAAUGUCCACCUGGUUACGUGGGUAAUCCUUAUACUUCGUGUCUCAUGGAUCUGUUAGAACCAGAGGUCGAAUGUCAAGUCGACGCCGAUUGUCCCAGCAAAUUGGCAUGUUUCAAUGGUAUUUGCAAAGAUCCAUGCGCAGAAACGAAACCAUGUAUUGUUAGUGCCAAAUGUAGCGUCGUAGAUACCUUACCGAUGAGAACAAUGAUCUGCGAAUGUCUACCGAACUUUGCUGGCGAUGCCACCGUUGCUUGCGUGCCAGUGGACAAACAAAUCGCAGCGAUAUGCGAGAGUGAUUCGCAAUGUACACCAGACAUGGCCUGUCUAAAUCGUCGGUGCAUCAAUCCGUGCACCGUUAAUCCAUGUGCAGCGAAUGCAGAGUGUCACAUUGAAAAUCAUCGCCGCAUAUGUCAGUGUCCUCACGGAUAUGUCGGCGAUCCGUUCAUAAAUUGCUAUGAAGAAAAUAUAGUUCUUCCGGAAUGCAGAGUAAACACCGAGUGCCCGUCUGACAAAGCGUGCAUAAAUCAACUAUGCCAAGAUCCGUGCUCCAGCAAUCGCUGCGGUUUAAACGCGGAAUGUAUCACAAUCAAUCAUCAUCCUUCUUGUCACUGCCAACACGGUUUAGCCGGUGAUCCGCAAGCUCAAUGCUUCAGACCGGAAUGUAAAACAGACAACGAUUGUCCUUAUGACAAGACCUGCCGGAACGACAACUGCGUCACUCCGUGUCUCAUCGGUGAUGUUGUGUGCGGUCGGGGUGCGGAAUGCACAGCGGUGUCUCACAGAGCUCAAUGCAUUUGUCCGCAAGGUACUCAAGGCGAUCCACGCGUGGCCUGCAUCUCCGCGAUCUGCCAUUAUAAUGAAGAUUGCGCCGAUCACGAGGCUUGCGAUAGACUGAACAGAGUCUGUAGACCGGUUUGCGAUGACGAUGCAUGUGGCGAAGCCGCGAUUUGUGUCGCGCGCGAUCAUCAGCCGAAGUGCACGUGUCCUCCGGGUACUACCGGAAAUCCGUAUAUAACAUGCAUUGGUGAACCUUCCAUUGAGCCGGAAUGCACGCAGGACAGCGAUUGCCCAUUUGAUUUGGCUUGCAUUAACAACAAAUGUCAAGACCCGUGCUUGUCCGCCGGUAUGUGCACCAGUGAACAAGAGUGCAGAGUCCUGAACACGGCACCGCUUCGUACGAUGAUCUGCUUGUGUCCACCGAACACGAUCACCGAUGUUAACGGCCAGUGCAAGCAGAUUGUGUUGGGCGACGUACAAUGUCAUCUUGAUCAAGAUUGCGCCAACCACGAGACGUGUCUGGACGGAAAAUGCGUGGAUGCCUGUUUGACAACUCAGUGCGGUUUUAACGCGCAAUGUAAAUCCACGUCACAUACUGGUAUCUGCUUCUGUUCUCAAGACUUCACCGGCAACGCUUACAUAGAAUGCAUAAGAGUUCCGCUCGCUCCAUUGCCAGGACCUCGACCAGAAUGCUACACGAAUAGCGAAUGUGCGCGCGAUAGGCAAUGCAUAAAUUCACUCUGCGUAAAUCCGUGCGUUGCUGGCGAUCCUUGCGGCAGGAGCUCUCUAUGCCACGUCGACAAUCAUAAUCCGAUUUGCAAGUGUCCGAUCGGCUACAUCGGCGAUCCCACGACCAAGUGCAUACCACCGGAGAUCACGCCCGAGUGCGUAUCGAAUAGCGAGUGUGCAGGAAACUAUGCAUGCGUCAAUAGUGCGUGCAUUAAUCCCUGCAACUGCGGACCCAACGCCAAGUGUAACGUCGUAAAUCAUUAUCCUUCUUGCGUGUGUCCACCGGGCUACUCUGGAAACCCUCAGUUAGGAUGCUUCAAGCUUGACUGCGAAUCUGACAGCGAGUGCGACUACGCGGCUACCUGCUACAACGGCCAAUGUGUGAACCCUUGCAUCUUGGACAACAAAUGUGCCAUCAACGCAGAAUGCUACGGCAAGAAUCAUCGAUCGGCUUGUCGUUGCGGUCCAGGUUAUUACGGCAAUCCGCAGGCUCAUUGCCAGAGAGUCGAAUGUAACACUGACCACGAUUGUCCCAAUAAUCUGGCUUGUAACGAUGGCCGGUGCAUAAAUCCGUGCGCCGAGAAUUCGCUCUGCGCGCAAAAUGCCGUUUGCUACGUCCAGGAUCACGUUGCGUCCUGCCGUUGCCCUGAAAACAUUCCGCUGGGCAAUCCGUUCUCCUAUUGCGAGCGACAUGCCGUAGAGGAAUUCGAGCCGGAGUGCAGAGUUGACAUCGACUGUUCGGAUAAGUUGGUGUGCAUCCGGGAAAAGUGUAUCGAUCCUUGCCCGGUCAUCAAGCCGUGUCUUGAGAACGCUCGUUGCGACGUUCUCGAUACGGUUCCUGUAAGGACUAUGAUUUGCACUUGCCCGGAGGGUUGGAUCACCGACGUCGACGGUGUAUGCAGGCCAAUACAAUUGACGGUCAUUGGAACGUGCACGACGAACGACGAUUGCAGCGAUCGCGAGGCGUGCAUCAACAGGCAAUGUCGCAACCCAUGUAACUGCGGUACCAACGCCGCUUGCUACGUGAGGAACCACAAGCCGAUCUGCUCGUGCGAGCAGGGCUAUCAAGGCAAUCCUGAAAUCGCCUGUCACUCCGUCGAGUGUCGGCACGACAGCCAGUGCACGCUCGACAAGAUCUGCGAGAAUAACAAUUGUGUGAACCCGUGCCUGGUCAAGGACCCAUGCGGCACCAAUGCCGAGUGCUUCCCGAACAACCACGUGGCUGACUGCCGCUGCCGCAAGGGCUAUCACGGCAAUCCUCUGGAUCGCUGCCGCGUGAUCGGCUGCUACAGCAACGGCGAUUGUCCGGGUGAUCACUCGUGCAUCAAUAUGCAGUGCAUCGAUCCCUGCAUCCAUGACAAUCCCUGCUCGCCUCGCGCGGAAUGCAGGGUCCUGAACCACCUGCCGAUAUGCCGCUGCCCGUCGGGCUUCACCGGAAACCCGUACGUCAACUGCCAGCCGGAAGUCAGGCCCGAGUGCAGGGAAGACAGUGACUGUCCGGACUCACUCGCCUGUCUGAGCAACAAGUGUCAGAUCCCAUGUCCGAUUAUACAACCGUGCACCGAACCGUCCGAGUGUCGUGUCCUGCCGACGCAUCCGAUACGCACCAUGGUAUGCGUGUGUCCUAGCGGGUACGUCAGCAGCGGCAGCGGCACUUGCCGGGCCACCACGCCGAUCCUGAAGGUCGAGUGCACCAAGGACGACGACUGUCCCUCGGAACGGUCCUGCGUGAACGCGAUCUGCAGGGAUCCUUGCGCGUGCGGGCCCAAUGCGGUUUGCAAUGUCAUCAAUCACAAGCCGAUAUGCUCAUGCACGCUGGGAUACGACGGAAAUCCUGAUAUUCUUUGUACAAGAGUUGCAGGAUGCAGAACGGACGGCGAUUGCAGCGGUUCGCACGCGUGUGUCCAACGCAACUGCGUGCCGGCGUGCUCGCCGUUUUUGGCUUCCUGCGGCAAGAACGCGGUGUGCCACGGCAUUAAUCACAAGGCUAUCUGCGAAUGUUCACCUGGUUAUGGUGGCAAUCCGCGGGUCUCCUGCGUCCUACUAGGAUGCAGAUCUAAUUCUGACUGCCCUACCAAUAAGGCUUGCAUCAACAAUCGUUGUGAAAAUCCUUGCGUACAGAAUCCAUGUACCGGCAAUAUGGACUGUAACGUUUACAAUCACGUUGUGGAAUGUGCUUGUCCGCCUGGCUACGUCGGCGAUGUUAAAUCAGGAUGUACUAAAGUUAAGGAGAAAUGCAAGGCAGACAACGAAUGCCCAUCCCAGACCGCGUGUUUCAACAGACAAUGCAUCAAUCCGUGCACUAAGAUCGCACCGUGCGGCAUUAACGCCGAAUGUAAAGUCCUGGACACCAGUCCGAUCAGAACAAUGAUAUGCGAAUGUCUCCCAGGAUACCGUGGAAACGCGAUUGUCCGCUGCGAUCCAGUUCCAGCAGAAAUAUGCCCGCUCGGGAAGGGCCAGAUUCGCGAUGAAUACGGCAAUUGCAUCUGUCCGCUUGGAUUCGGUAAGGACGCGAACGACAUUUGCAUACCUUGUCGCAGACAGUCUAACAUGGUGAUAAACGAGGAAGGCUAUUGCGUGUGCGACUUGGAAAAGGGCUUCAGCAUAGACGAAUACGGUCGCUGCGUGUGCCCGACGCGAUACGGAUACGGAAUAGACACACACGGAUAUUGCAGACAGAUUGGUAUAAUCGAAUGCAGACGUAAUGACGAUUGCGCCGAUGACAGAUACUGCGAUAAAGUCACUCAUACUUGUCAAGAUCCCUGUAAGAAGCAACAGUGUGGCGUACACGCGCUCUGCAACGCUACCAGACACCAAGCUGUUUGCAUCUGCGUCAACGGUUACUUGGGCAAUCCGUACACCCAAUGCUACGACAGAAAGGAUGGCCGAACAGAUUUCCCUAGACCGGAAAUGGACGUGAGCUGCCUGUCGGAUGGAGUACAGGUCGUAAUACAUCUGCAGGAUCAAGACUUCGACGGGGUUUUGUACGUUAAAGGACGUAGCAAAGACGAACAGUGCAGACGAGUUGUCUCGAUACCGGCCGAAACUGAUCACAAAACAGAGACGUUCAAAGUUGCAUUUGGCAAUUGCGGACUUAUACACGUGAAUGGACAGGCUAGCUUCGUGCUUGUUAUACAGAAACAUCCGAAAUUGAUGACUUAUAAAGCACAAGCUUAUCAUAUUAAAUGUAUAUAUCAAACUGGAGAACAAAACGUUACCCUCGGCUUUAAUGUAUCCAUGUUGACGACUGCUGGAACAAUUGCUAACACCGGCCCACCACCUAUAUGCGUAAUGAAAAUAGUUGCACAGAAUGGAAAUGAAAUUAAUUCGGCCGAAAUUGGGGAUAAUUUAAUGCUCCAAGUGGAAGUUCAACCUUCAACUAUUUAUGGUGGAUUCGCACGAAAUUGCGUCGCUAAAACUAUGGAAGAUAAUUUGGAGAACGAGUACAUCGUAACGGAUGAGAAUGGUUGCGCGACAGAUCCCACGAUAUUCGGAGAAUGGGAACAAAAUCCCGAGACUCAAUCGUUAAUGGCUAGCUUUAACGCGUUCAAGUUCCCCAGCAGCGACAAUAUAAGAUUCCAGUGCAAUAUACGCGUGUGCUUCGGACGCUGUCAACCUGUAAAUUGUCGCGGUUAUAACGCCUUCGGUCGUCGUCGCAGAGACGUUGAUUCCGAGAAUAAUGACACAUCUCUAAGUGUAUCUGAUGGAUAUGAAGGUCAACUUCGUGAAGAGAUAACUAUUCAAUCGAACUUAAUAUUCACUCUGGAAAGGAGAGAGGAGAGGUAUACAGCAGAUCCAGCUGAAGCUCCUUCAGCCCAAAGAGUGGAAGAUAUCUGUGUUUCUAUGGUCGGCUUUAUCAUAGCAUUAAUAAUUACGGCGCUUUUAGCACUGGUUGCCGUAGCUAUCGCUGUGUCAUGCUGGCUUAUGGCGUAUCGACGUCAGCCAAAGACUGCUGGACCACUGCCACACCCACCAGAGUUCCCAAACCCCUUGUUCACUACUGAAUCUGUAGCUGAACCUUCUCCUGACUAUCACCUAUCGUAAGUCCCUUAGAGUAAUAUUUUAUAAAUAACAUAAAUUUUUUAUAAUUCUCGUGGAAUGCAUCUCAGACCAUUCGUCCUAUUGGUCGGUUUUGUAUUUCUGUAUACAACUCCUCCAAUGACUAUCACUUCGUCUCUUUGUACUCUUCUUUUCAAGGGUUCAAACAAUAAAAGUCACUGUUAUACAUUACGAGUCAUGAUAUAUACAUACUAUUUAUGGUGAUGGUUUGCUUCCAUUAUCUACUUGCAAGCAAAAACACGGGACUAUCUCUCUUUCGUGCAUUUUUCCUGUAUUAUUUUCUCUAGUCAGUGGAGGAUUUGUUAAAUAUAAUGCUGCGAAUUUAAUUCCUGUGUAAAGUCAACGAAUUAGUCUAAUAUAGCUUUCUUAUUGCGAAAAUAGGUAAUUGUACAUUUUAUCUAAUAAAACGCUAACGAAAUAUUUU